AUUUCGUUUUAUCUCGCUGACACAGAUGGCUCUUGCCCUGGCUGACAGGGCUAUCGGAGCUAUCGUUGCCUCAGCUGUGGCCGAUGCUGCAGCACAACCGCUCCACUGGGUCUAUGACCUGCAGAAGCUGAGUGUGUUACUCUCUAAAAGUCCUCAGCCUGAGUUCCACCCUGAGUCUGCAAACCCGUUCUACAGGAGGAACACUGGACAUCAGAGCUGCUAUGGAGAUCAAGCUUUCGUGCUCCUGGAGUCCCUGUCUGAGUGUGGAGGUUUGAAUGUGGAAGAUUUGAAGCAGCGCACCUACAAGUUCUUUGGACCGGGAUCUGAAUAUGACACACCAGUCAAUGAUCCUUACAGAGACAAAGGAGCUCCCAGGCCUCAACUACCUAUUGAGGGACCCUGGAGACAUGCAAGCCUUAAGAGCUUUAUAAAAAAUGUGGAUGCAGGCAAGGAAGAGACAGGUUGUGAAACUGAUAAUCAAAUAGAUGGAGUGGCAAAGCUGGCUCCCAUUGUAGCGUGCUAUGCUGGAAAGCCAGAGAUGUUGGAGAGGGUUGAGGAAGCCAUCCGUGUCACACAAAACAACGACAUAUGUGUGGCGGUAACUCUCGCUGCUGCUAGGUUCUUGGAGCAUUUCAUCCUGAAUGGUUCUGAUCCCAAGGCCCUGGAUGCAGUGCUGAAACAGCUCAAUGACCCGAACAGAAAAAACCCUCAGGAGUUGGACAAAGCCAUAGCUGGGCACAUUCAUCAAGUAAAGGACAAUCUGAGCAAGAAACCCAAAGAGCUCAUUCCCACUGUCUUUCCAAAUACCUGAGGUUUGCCAGGUGCGUUCCAGGCAGCGCUGCAUGGGGUUCUGACAGCCAGCGGCUAUGAGCAGGCUGUCCGGGACGCCAUGGGCUGCGGUGGAUGCACCUGUAGCAGGAGCUCCUUCAUAGGCGCCUGCAUUGGAGCUCAGGUUGGUGUUGAAGGAAUCCCAAGUUCCUGGAAAAGCAAGACUUUGCGAUAUAACACUUUGUUAGAUCUUGCAAAGAAAGUUGUUAAUCUCCAACAGCUUUAACUUUUUAGUAUGCAAAGUUAAUAAGGAAGUGGAAAAUAACUGAUAUGAAUAUAAAAUCAUACAUGUUCUUAUGAUUUUUUUUUUCUUUUGCCUAAAGAUCAUCUUCCAUGGUUGUGAUUUUGAUGAGACAGUUCAUGAAAGUUGUAGCUUAAAAUAUGAAAAAGUUAUAACUUGAUACCUUUGUUAUAUGAAAUCACAACCAGGCUUGUAGAAAAUGGCAU